AUUGAUUGUAUCCUAGUUAGCAACCUAAUUUAACCUUUGUCUUAAUUCCCUUUGUAUUCUUGGAGGGUAUCUGGGAAUGGUUAAGACUUUCCAUACUGACUGCUACAAGAAGGAUAUAGCUUGAUGAUUCAUGUGUUUGAUCUAGUUUGUCUACAGAUUUGACAUUUUCCUAAAAGAAUACGGUCUUAUAUUUAGGGGACAUUACAAGGCAGCAAAAAUGAAGCGCUCCCUUGGACUUUGCUUGGUGGUCUGUUUUGGGAUACUCGAUUUGGGCUGUGCACUUCGUUGCUUCAAGUGCUCCGAUUACACUGGGCGCUGCGAAAAUGUUCAAGACUGCACUUAUGAAGAUUCCUGUUUAUCUCUGAGUGAAAAAGGUGGGAAGACAAUUCGACAGUGUAUCAGAUACACAGACUGUGACAAUUCUCGACUUUCCCAGAUGUUCCCUGCCGUCUCCGGGUUCACGUACCGGUGUUGCAGCAGCAACCUGUGUAAUAGUAGUACCACUAUUGCCACGAGAGGGCCAGUUUUCGCUUUGAUGGGGUCACUAUUGGUCUUCUGGUGGUCCUCACUGUGAGCUCCAACUGCCGUGCACAGCUGACGCAGAGCCCUCAAUGGAGCUGGAGAUUGCAGUCAGUAAUAUGAUUUUAUGUUGUUGUUGAUAGUUAAAUGUGGUUGUUUUAAAUUGUGGAUGAACAAUGUCCGACUUAGCUGCAGUCUUUCCUGUUUUCUCAAAUGCUUUUUUUUCAGUGAACUAACCUAGAGGAACACUCGAAAUAGAAAUCUACAUGUUUAUUGAUAUUGGUUGUUGUAAAUUGAUACUUGACAGUUAUGUGCAUAUUAGGCCAUUCACUUUAGAAGCAUCAGGCUAAGACAACCUCGUUCAUCCAAUAAUGAAUAACCGGGAACAUUGUACAUGCUAUCCAUACUGUAGUCUGAAGCAGGGUUUCGUCCCACUUUAUGUACACUUACUACAGCCUCAUUUUACCAUGAUGAUUCAUCAAUUUCACUAGGAACGCAGACUAGUCGUGAAGAUAGGCUGCACAGAUGGGAGGGGAUAUGCUAGUAGUCUAUUCACCCACCUAGGCACCUACUCACCCAAGUCAAGACGGGAAAAAUGUCAGCUGAAAAUAUAUUUCCCCAGUGUUUUAAGUUGUGAUAAGAAAUAUGUUUCAAUAACAUUUAAAACCAUGUUAAAGGUUGUGAAAAUUGUCAAUCAGUUUUAUUCUCACUUGUAGAAGACUCACCCAAACCAAUAAAAUGACCUACCGGUAUUUGAAAGA